AUGGCUCAGGUUGAGCUCGGUGACCAGGAGACGAGCCUCAGCACUGGAACUGAGGAGCAUGAGCGCCAGAAUGACUAUGAGGUUUGCUGGGAGGAGGACGAUCCGGCGAACCCGCACGCCAUGGCAUCGAAGCGCAAAUGGGUCAUCGUGAGUCUAGUAUGCACCAUGACAGUGUGCGUAUGCGUCACCAGCUCGCUCUACACGACGACAUACAAUCAGAUCAUGGCAGAAUUUCAUUGCUCUAGGUCCGUCGCAACCCUCGGAUUGAGUUUCUACAUUGCUGGACUGGGAUGGGGACCUUUAGUGAUGAGUCCAUUGUCGGAGUUCUACGGCAGAAGACCCAUCUACCUCGUUUCGCUUCCUCUAUACGUCGUCUUUCUUAUACCCUGUGCUGCUGCCCACAACAUCCAGACAAUGUUAGUUGCGAGGUUCUUAGAUGGACUCGCGGGGGCGGCAUUCACCUCGGUCGCGGGGGCUACCGUGGGCGACAUGUACACCAAAAGCACCCUGCAUACUCCUAUGCUGCUAUACACAGCUUCACCAUUCACGGGGGCCAGCAUAGGACCCAUCCUGGGCGGGCUAAUAAAUACUUGGGCCUUAUGGAGGUGGUCUUUUUACUUCUUACUCAUUUGGUCAAGCAUCCAGUCUAUUCUUGUCAUUAUCUUCGUUCCGGAGACAUACGCGCCAGUGCUGCUUCGAAACAGGGCUCGCAAAUUGCGGCAGGAAACCGGCGACGAUCGAUGGAUAGCAGCAAUUGAAAAGCUGGAAAGAUCUGUCUUCAAGACAGUCCUUCAUUCCCUGUAUCGACCAUUCAUGCUACUUUUCCUGGAGCCGAUGUGUCUCAAUCUCUGCUUACUUUCGUCCAUUGCUCUAGGCGUCCAAUAUCUCUUCUUUGGAGCAUUCGGGGUUGUGUAUGGCAAUGCGUAUAAUUUCGGAUCAUGGCAGUCGGGACUGGCAUUCACUGGUCUCCUGGUAGGGAUGAUCAUGGCGGUCUUGAUUGACCCAUGGUGCUGCAAACUAUACCCCUACUUCUCCCGCGGUCACAAAGAGGAAGGAAAUAAUGGGAGCAAUGAGCCGGAAACUCGUCUACCCCCCGCUGUCAUCGGAGCUCCACUCAUGACGAUCGGGUUAUUCUGGUUUGGAUGGACAGCCUUGCCCUCAGUCCAUUGGAUUGUACCUAUCAUCGGAAGCGCCGUGUUUGGAGCCGGAAUGAUCUUCGUAUUUCAAGGUGUCUUUACCUUUUUCGUGGAUGCGUAUCCAUUGUAUGCAGCCAGUGCUCUUGGUGCCAAUAGCUUUACCAGGAGUACCUUUGCAGCUGCUUUCCCUCUCUUUGGCGUGGCGAUGUACCAUAAGUUGGGCGAUCAGUGGGCUACAUCCCUGCUUGCUUUCCUGAGCCUUGCUAUGGCUCCGUUUCCAUACAUCUUCUUCAGAUACGGAAAGAGGAUUCGGAGCAGGAGUCGCUUUGCGGCCUAA